CGUGCAAGUGCGGUGUUGUGAAGGAUUUCGCCGAUUUAUAUUUUAAAUUACACGUAAAACUGAUGAAAAUCAGAUCUCAAUACAUAUAGACAAUAAUCGAUCUUCGUGAGAAUAAAGUUUUUUCCUGUUUCCACUUUCAAGUAUCGAAGUUGUGUGUAUGUUACUAUAUUGAGCAGUAGUAGUAGUGCAUUUGUUUAUUUAUAGACAGUCGCAAUUUGCAGUCAUGUAAUUAUUCUUGUGGCGCUAAAAUGUCUCAGAGAGAUACUGCUAUACACCUUGUUGCCGGCGGAGUGGCUGGAACUGCUGGUGCUGUUGUAACUUGCCCCUUAGAAGUGGUCAAAACUCGUCUUCAGUCGUCCAAAGGAGUAGGGGUGCCACCACCGGGCCCCCCUCCAUCUGAUAAUGCUACCAGCACAAGGAAAGUCUGCUCAAAAAUUCCCAAACAUCAGGAGGCCAAAUGGGGCUACAGACGGACGAUGGGCGCGAUGUUCGCAUACAGCAAGCAGGGCGAUCGUAUGCUGAUGUCGUACAAUUGUCAGGUGCAGCAGUACGCGAGGGCUGGCCACGCUAGGACCACCUCCAGGAUGAGCCUUAUCCAAUGCAUCAGACACAUUGUCAAAAAUGAGGGACCGCGAGCGUUGUUCAAGGGCCUGGGCCCGAACAUUGUGGGGGUGGCGCCCUCCAGGGCCAUCUACUUCUGCACGUAUUCACAGGCUAAGGCUAUCCUGAAUCAGAACAUACCUCCAGACACACCUAUAGUUCACCUUUCCGCAGCUAGCGCUGCAGGUUUCGUAUCGUGCACAAUGACCAACCCAAUAUGGUUCGUAAAGACUCGGCUCCAACUAGACGGGCAGAACGUUACGGCAGUGCAGUGUAUCAAGAGGAUAUACGCUAGAACGGGUAUACGGGGUUUCUACAAAGGCAUAACAGCGUCUUACAUGGGCAUCAGCGAGACGGUGGUCCACUUCGUGUUGUACGAGGGUGUCAAGGCUCGGCUGAUGGCCGCGCGUAACCGGGAGGGGAUUCCCAGCGACCAGCGCUCGCCGCGGGAUUUCCUGGAGUUCAUGGGAGCAGGCGCCUUCUCGAAGACGGUCGCUUCGUGCAUUGCUUAUCCACAUGAGGUAGCAAGAACAAGACUGAGAGAGGAAGGCGACAAGUACCGAAAGUUCUGGCAAACUUUGCACACGGUCUGGAUGGAGGAGGGGUAUCGCGGAGUUUAUAGGGGCCUUGGCACACAACUGGUGCGUCAAAUACCCAACACGGCGAUCAUGAUGUCAACGUACGAAGCUGUUGUUUACCUCCUCACGACACACUUCAAUAGUUCCUUCUAUGAAAACACUUAGCAAUUGAGAAAAUUUAGAACUACCAAGCAACUUCAACAAUUAUUAGUCUCCCAUGCGGGAUGAGCUGCAUGUAGUUGAUUUAUAAUUUGAAAAUUACUAGACCUUGUCCAAGGAGACUGUAGAUGUCCAAGAUAUACCUACUGCAGAGCUUUGCAUUAGAUUGGUAAAUAUAAUUCAGCCGAAUCUAUUUUGUUUUUAGUUAAGGGUGUUAUUAGUAAGUGUAAUAAAGUAGUGAACCGUUCACUGUGCCACAUAAGUGACUGAUUUAUGUAGAUGUUGUUGAUUAGUGUUGUACAGUAACUAUAGAAGCUUGCUUACAUUUGUUAUUUUAAUUCACUGUAUAUUUAAGUGAAUUUUUGUUUAUAACAGUUGUACUUAUGACUAAGAUCAAAAAAUCAUGAUUGUUAUUCGUAAUGAUAAAAUAUAUUAAUGAAAGCACUAAAUUUUAUAUUGAUUCUAUAGGCAGCCAGCCUACCAAGUAAGGCUCAAGAUAGAUCACUCAGUUUGGCAAUAUAGCACAACAAAGCGAUGUUUCCGUGUCAACGACACGCGUCCUAGGUUUUUCCAUACACGACUUCAUAAUUUUUAAUUUAGAGCACAAAAAUCUGACGCUAAAUGAGUUGAACUACAGAUUAAA